AUACCCACCCGCCCCUGCCCCUAUCAGGCAAUGGGUGAAGCUCUCUGGGCAGUAGACUGGAGGUCACUGGGCAAGUCCAGUCACCUCUCUCCUGCUUCCUGCUGAGAUCUUAUCUCCCAGUUUCAGCCCCAACCCCCUCUGACUCCUGGACUCCUUUUUUUUUUUUGCCCCCACACCCUUACAAUGAGACCUCUCCUUCGUCUAAAGUGACUCAGAGGCUGGAGAGAGGAGGGUGACUAGGUGGGAAUGGUGGCUGGAAAGCCAGAACCUAAACUGUGUGGGGGAAGAUAAAGAUCCUGUUCUUUUGAAGAGGCGGUCCUGUACCCUCUUUGCUCCUGGAUCUCUUGGUCAGCAUCCUUGAUCAGGGAAGCCCACAGCCUCCUUUGGGGGGCUGGACAUUCUCACUGCUUUGGCUGCCAGUAUUCGUCAUGGCUCUCAUGAUAACCUGUCUAUAGAGUGCACAUCGUGAUGGAGACUCCUCUCGAGAAGGCCCUGACCACCAUGGUCACCACGUUCCAUAAAUAUUCAGGGAGAGAGGGGAGCAAGCUGACCCUGAGCAGGAAAGAACUGAAGGAGUUGAUCAAGACAGAACUGAGUCUUGCAGAGAAGAUGAAGGAGAGCAGCAUUGAUAACCUGAUGAAGAGCCUGGACAAGAACAGCGACCAGGAGAUCGACUUCAAGGAGUACUCCGUGUUCCUGACCACACUGUGCAUGGCCUACAAUGACUUCUUCCUAGAGGACAACAAGUGACCAGGGUCCUCUCUCACCUCACCGGGAGCUCCUUGUCCUGUCCUCUGAAGCCUCUUUAACGGCCCCUCUUAUUUAUGCCCCUGGUCUUUCUCUUUCUCACAGAUGGAUUCUUCCAGUAGAGAAAUAAAGUCUUUUCCUUUCCAUG